AUGGCCGGCAUGGUCAUCUCCACGGUCGCGGAGCGCGCGCCGCAACGGCUGGCCGGCCUCGUCUACGUGGCCGCCUACCUGCCCGGCAACGGGCAGAGCCUCUACCAGCUCUCUCAGACCGAUGCCGACAGCCGCGUGGGCCGCUUCUGGCGCCAGGACAACCCGCAGGGCUACUCGCCCGCGUCCAUCGCGGCCGAGGGCCUUGUCGAGGUCUUCUGCGCCGACUGCAGCGCCGGGGAUCAGCAGGCCGUCGUGCAGGCGCACAGGCCCGAGGCCGUGCCACCGAUGGGCACGCCCGUCACGCUGACCGCCAGCCGCUUCGGCAGCGUGCCGCGCUUCUACGUGCACACGCGUCAGGACCGCGCCGUGUCCUACCGUCUGCAGCAGCAGAUGCUCUCGGCUGCCGGUGGCGCCACGCGCGUGACCACGCUCGACACCUCGCACAUGCCGAUGCUCACCCAACCCCAGGCCGUGGCCGACGCCAUCACGGACGCCGCCCGAUGA